AUGGCUGAUUGGACGAACGAAAUUUCGAUUAAAUUUGUGGAGUUAUACCAAACAGAAGAGAUUUUAUGGAAUGCAAAGCAUCGUAAUCACAAAGAUAAGGCAAAAAUGAAUGACGCAUGGUGUAGAAUUAGCAAGAUUUUGAAUAUACCCAUAGAAGAUUUGAUAAAUAAAAAAAAUUCAAUUAUGGCUACAUUUCGGGGCCAUUUGAGAAAGAAAAAAGCGUCCAUUAAAUCAGGAGCCGGCCAGAACGAUAUUUAUCGACCAAUAUGGUUUUUAUAUGAUCAAAUGGAAAGUUUUCUUGGAAAACUAAACGAUUGCAACGUGACAUUAAAUACUGAAGAGGUAAAUAUAAUUACUUCAUAA